CGCGGGGCGGAGGCGAUGGCCACCGUAGUGGUGGAAGUGGAUUCGGAGCCCUCCUGCAGCAUCCCCAACCCGACCUCCACUUCGCCCAGUCUCUCCCACCGCUUCCUAGACAGCAAGUUUUACCUGCUGGUGGUCAUCGGCGAGCUGGUGACUGAGGAGCACCUGCGGCGGGCCAUCGCCAAUAUCGAGCGAGGAAUCCGAUCAUGGGACACAAACUUGGUCGAAUGCAACUUGGAUCAAGAACUGAAACUUUUUGUGUCUCGCCAUUCAGCUCGAUUCUCUCCUGAAGUUCGAGGUCAGAAGAUUCUUCACCACAGAAGUGAUGUCUUAGAAACUGUAGUCCUCAUCAAUCCCUCAGAUGAAGCAGUUAGUACUGAGGUGCGCUUAAUGAUCACAGAUGCUGCAAGGCACAAGCUCCUUGUUCUAACUGGCCAGUGCUUUGAAAACACAGGAGAGCUUAUUCUUCAGUCAGGGUCCUUCUCCUUCCAGAACUUCAUUGAGAUCUUCACAGAUCAAGAGAUUGGUGAACUGUUGAGCACCACACACCCUGCGAACAAAGCCAGCCUAACUCUUUUCUGCCCUGAGGAAGGGGACUGGAAAAAUUCCAACCUUGAUAGACACAACCUUCAAGACUUUAUUAACAUUAAACUCAACUCAGCUUCCAUAUUGCCUGAGAUGGAAGGACUCUCUGAAUUCACAGAAUAUCUGUCAGAAUCAGUAGAAGUGCCAUCACCUUUUGACAUUUUGGAACCUCCAACCUCAGGAGGUUUCUUGAAGCUCUCCAAGCCCUGCUGUUACAUUUUCCCAGGGGGAAGAGGAGACUCUGCAUUGUUCGCAGUGAAUGGAUUCAAUAUGCUUAUCAAUGGAGGAUCUGAAAGAAAAUCUUGUUUUUGGAAACUUAUCCGGCACUUGGACAGAGUAGAUUCCAUUCUGCUCACUCACAUCGGAGAUGACAAUCUGCCAGGAAUCAAUAGCAUGCUUCAGCGAAAGAUAGCUGAACUAGAAGAGGAACAGUCUCAAGGGUCUACUACCAACAGUGACUGGAUGAAAAAUCUGAUCUCACCUGAUUUAGGAGUUGUGUUCCUUAAUGUACCUGAGAACCUGAAGAACCUGGAUCCUAAUCUUAGAGUUAAAAGGAGUGUAGAAGAAGCUUGUUUUACUCUCCAGUAUUUAAAUAAAUUGUCUAUGAAACCAGAACCUCUUUUCAGAAACACAGGAAAUACCAUUGACCCUAUAAUUUUAUUUCAGAAAAUGGGAGUUGGCAAACUUGAGAUGUAUGUGCUUAAUCCUGUCAAAAACAGCAAAGAGAUGCAAUAUUUUAUGCAGCAGUGGAGCGGUAGUAACAAAGAUAAAGCUGAAUUCCUGCUACCAAAUGGCCAAGAACUAGACAUUCCAUUAUCCUACUUCACCUCAGUGUCAUCCCUGAUUGUGUGGCAUCCAGCUAAUCCUGCAGAAAAAAUAAUCCGAGUUCUCUUUCCUGGAAACAGCACCCAGUAUAAUAUUCUAGAGGGACUAGAAAAACUCAAACACUUAGACUUCCUUAAACAACCAAUGGUUACACAAAAAGACCUAACUGGGAACAUUGCUAGUCCGGCUGUGAAACAAGCAAAAUUGAAACAGCGAACAGAUAGCAAGGAGAGUCUGAAGCCUGCUGCAAAGACACCACCAAAUAAGCCUGUCAGAAAGGAAUCUAAAGAAGAAACACCAGAGCCUGUGAAGCCUAGUCCAGUACCAGAAAAGCCUCAGAAGCUAGAAAGCAAAGAAAAAGUUCCAGCUAAAAAAGAAAAGCCAGCAAAAGUAGAGACCAAACCAAUAGUGGUGGAAAAAGACAUUGCAAGUAAGGAAGAACAACCAGUGAAAUCUGAAAUUCCUGAAAAACAAAGUACAGAUGUAAAACCAAAAUUGUCAAAGGAGAAGACAGUGAAAAAGGAAGUCAAAUCAAAACCUGAAGAAAAGAAGGAGGACAAAGAAAAGCCAAAGAAAGAGGUUUCUAAAAAAGAGGAGAAAACACCCAUCAAAAAAGAGGAAAAACCAAAAAAAGAAGAGAUCAAGAAAGAAGUUAAAAAAGAGGUGAAAAAGGAAGAGAAGAAGGAAACAAAGAAGGAAAUAAAGAAAGAAGCUUCAACAAAAGACGUGAAAAAAGAAACUAAAAAAGAAGAGAAGAAGGAAAUCAAGAAGGAAGACAAAGAAGCCAAAAAGGACAUCAAGAAGGUUCCUAAAGAAACAAAGAAGACAGCUACUCCUUCAAAUGAUGCAAAAAAGCCAGCAGCAAAGCCUAAACCACAAAAGAAGGAGGAACCUGCUAAAAAAGAAGCAGUACCUGCUGGAAAGCCAAAGGAAAAAGGAAAAGUUAAGAGUGUGAAGAAGGAUCUCAAAGUCAGUGGAGCACAAGCUGCCCUUGCAGCAGUUGGAGCCACAACUCUAGCAGCUGCAGAAAUUACAGCUGGUGGAAAGGAGCUUGAAGCAGAGAGAUCCCUUAUGUCUUCACCAGAGGAUUUAACAAAGGAUUUUGAGGAAUUAAAAGCUGAAGAGGUAGAAACAAUAAAAGAAACUAAAUCUCAAGUUGCACUUACAAAGGAUGAUCUGAAACUCACUGGCACCGUACAAAAAGAUGCCUUUGAAAUACAAAAAGAAAAAUUGGAUAAUGAAGGACCUGCUGAGUCAUCUGAUGAAGGCAUAACUACCACAGAGGCUGAGGGUGAGUGUGAGCAGACACCGGAAGAAUUGGAACCUGUGGAAAAACACAAGGUUGAUGACAAUGAAAAGUUUGAAGAUGAGGGAACUGGUUUGGAAGAAUCAUCUGAAGCAGAUUAUGAAGAAAAGGCAGAGACAGAAGAAGCUGAAGAACGAGAUGAAAGUGAAGGAGAAAAAACACGACUGGAUGCCACAAAAACAUAUAUGGAAGAAUCAAGAAAAAUUGAAGAUGGCUCAGAAAAAGUAAUGACUCAAGCAGAUGUUAACAUUAAAGAUGAAAAGUAUAUUGAAAAGGCAGAUUAUGAGGCAUCUGAUGAACGAGCUGAAGAAGACAGGGAAGAAGCAAUAGAAAAGGCAGAAACUGAAGAAACUGAAGAAGAUGAGGAAGACAAAGCAGAAGACAUCAGAGAUGAAGAGGAAACUGAAAAAACAGAAGCUGAAGAAGAUUAUGUGAUGGCUGUGGUAGACAAAGCUGCAGAAUCUGGGGAAGCCGAGGAUAAAUAUGGCUUACUCAUAAUUACACCCACUAAACGCUCAGAGUCUCAGUCUCCAGUGAUUGAACCAGCUUCUUCCAUCCAUGAUGAGACACUACCUGGUGGUUCAGAAAGUGAAGCCACCGUUUCCGAUGAAGAAAAUAGAGAAGAUCAACCUGAGGAAUUCACUGCUACUUCAGGUUACACACAGUCCACCAUUGAAAUAUCCAGUGAACCAACUCCAAUGGAUGAAAUGUCAACACCCCGAGAUGUCAUGAGUGAUGAAACUAACAAUGAGGAAAGCGAGUCACCCUCUCAGGAAUAUGUGAACAUUACCAAGUAUGAGACAUCACUGUACUCUCAAGAGUUCAGCAGAGCUAAACUUUCUCCACUUCCAGAUGCUUUUAAUGGGUUAUCUGAAGGAUCCAAAACAGAGGCCACAGAAGGUAAGGAUUAUAAUGCCUCAGCUUCCACCAUCUCACCACCCUCUUCACUAGAGGAAGACAAAUUCUGCAAAUCUGCAUUCCAAGAUGUAUACCGGCAAAGAGAAAGUGAAAUCCAAGGCACUGACAAAUUAGAAAUCAAAGAACCCUAUCAAGAAGAUGGUGGAAAGGAUAGUUCAGCCAAGAGUCCAGCUGACAGUUUGUCCCCUCCAUCGCCUGUUGCCAGAACACCACUGAGUGAACGUAGUGUGAACUUUUCACUCACUCCCAAUGAGAUCAAGGUUCCUUCUGAGUCUGUCCCCACUGCUAAAUUGCCUGAUGUACACCAGGAAGUUGCUGAAGAGCACUGUGUAAGCCCUGAAGAUAAAACAUUAGAAGUAGCAUCUCCUUCACAGUCUGCUGCUGGUAGUGCUGGCCACACACCUUAUUAUCAGUCUCCCACUGAUGAAAAGUCCAGUCAGCUUCCCUCUGAAACCAGUGAAAAGUCAACAGAAGCUCCUGUUAGCUUUGAGUUCAGUGAAGUCAAAGAUGAGUCUGCAAAAUGCAGAAUAAGCCCUAUGGAUGAGCCUGUGCCAGAUUCAGAAUCUCCUAUUGAAAAGGUUCUCUCUCCUCUGCGAAGUCCACCACUGAUAGGUUCAGAGACCCCUUAUGAUACAUUUUUGAGUGCUGAUUUAAAGUCUCCCACCAGAGAUUACGGAAGUCCUUCUGAGGGGAAACCUGAAAAAGACAAAUCACCUGCUCAGAUGAGCCCAGCUUCUGAAGCAAGCUCUGUGGGCCUCUUCCAAGAUAAACAAGAUGAAAAAAGCAUGGAAUUUAUGGUAAUUAAGGAAAGCUUCAGCCUGGAAAGGAAAAUGGAGGAUACAGAACCCAGCAGCUCUCAGUCUUCACUGGUCUUGGAUGAGCGGAAGUUAGCAGGUGAUCUCUCACCGACUCAAAUAGAUAUCAGUCAGUUUGGUUCUUUAAAAGAAGAUACCAAAAUGUCAAUUUCUGAAGGCACUGUCUCUGACAAGUCUGCAACUCCUGUUGAUGAGGUUGUUGCAGAAGACACCUAUUCCCAUAUAGAAGGAGUAGCUUCUGUCUCUACAGCAUCUGUUGCUACUAGUUCAUUUCCAGAACCAACGACUGAUGAUGUAUCUCCUUCUUUGCAUGCUGAGGUUGGUUCUCCCCACUCUACUGAAGUUGAUGAUUCCCUCUCAGUCUCAGUUGUACAAACACCAACAACUUUUCAGGAAACAGAAAUGUCUCCAUCAAAAGAAGAGUGUCCAAGGCCUAUGUCAAUUUCUCCACCAGAUUUUUCACCUAAAACUGCAAAAUCAAGAACACCGGUGCUUGAUCACAGAUCUCCUGAGCAGUCAGCUAUGUCAGUAGAAUAUGGUCGGGAGUCACCUGAGCAGUCUUUAGCAAUGGAUUUUAGUAGGCAGUCUCCUGAAUAUCCUGCUGUAGGCACUAGUGUACACCAUAUAUCUGAAAAUGGACCAACAGAAGUAGAUUACAGCCCUUCAGAUGUACAGGAGUCUCCUUUUGCACGGAAGAUUUCACCUGUGGAACAGUCAUAUUACUCUCAAGAGAAAGAUAUUUCAGAAAUUAUUUCAGUUUCUCAAAUUGAAGCUUCAUCCUCAACUUCAUCAGCUCAUACGCCUUCCCAGGUAGCUUCACCACUGCCAGAGGAAACCUUUUCAGGUGGUGUUCCACCCAGAGAGAUGUCACUGCAUUCUUCUUUUACCUCAGAAAAGGUGCAGAGCCUAGGAGAAAAGCUGUCACCAAAAUCUGACCUAUCUCCAUUAACUCCAAGGGAAUCUUCUCCCCUGUACUCACCUACUUUUCCAGAUUCACCUCCUGCAGUCACAGAGGCAGUGUCAGCUAGUCACACACCGUUGUUGUCACAGCGAGUGUCUUCUGUCAAAGCCUUUGGUUAUCAGGAGCCCCUAUCAAAGCACAGUCCAGAACCUUUACUCAGCCCAGAUAAAGAAGAUUCAGAGAAAAGCAGCAGGUCACCAGAAGAACUUAGUUAUUCAUAUGAGGCCAGAGAGAAAACUACUAGGUCACCAGAGAAUAUUAGUUAUUCCUAUGAGGCAGUAGGAAAAUCUACUAGGUCACCUCAAGACAUGGAUUAUUCCUAUGAGACAAGCAGAAAAACUACUAGGUCUCCUGAGACCACAGAUUAUUCCUAUGAGAUAACCAGGAACAGUACUAGGUCACCCGAGGAUACAGACUAUUCAUAUGAGAUAAUUGCAAAAAAUAUGAGGUCAUCUGAAGUCACAGAUUAUUCUUAUCAGAUAACAGGGAAAACCACCAUGUCACCAGGGGCCACAGAUUAUUCCUAUGAGACAGCUGGGAAAACCACCAAAUCACCUGAAGCCACAGAUUAUUCCUAUGAGUUAACUGGGAAAGCUACCAGAUCACCUGAUACUAUGGAUUACUCCUAUGAGACAAGGAAAACUUCUAAGUCACCAGAAGCUGUUGGCUACUGCUAUGAGACAAUUGGGAGUACCACCAGGUCAUCAGAGGCCAUGACUUACUCUUAUGAGACAACUGGGAAAGCCUCCAGUUCACCUGAAGCCACAGACUACUCAUUCGAGACAACUGGGAGAGCCAGCACUGGGAGGUCACCCGAAGCUACCAGCUAUUCCUAUGAAGCAAGUGCACCUUUUACUCCAAGUAAAUCACUAGCAGAAUCCCGUCAAGAUGUUGACUUAUGCCUUGUGUCCUCUUGUGAAUAUAAACAUCCCAAAACUGAACUCUCACCCUCAUUUAUCAACCCAAAUCCCCUUGAGUGGUUUGCAAGUGAAGAACAGUCUCAAGACCAAGAGAAGCCACUAACUCAGGCUGGGGGAGCUCAGCCUCCUUCGGGGGGAAAGCAGCAAGGGCGGCAGUGUGAUGAGACCCCUCCCACAUCUGUGAGCGAGUCUGCCCCGUCUCAGACCGAUUCGGAUGUUCCCCCGGAGACUGAGGAAUGCCCUUCCAUCACUGCAGAUGCUAACAUUGACUCAGAAGAUGAGUCAGAAACCAUUCCAACGGACAAGACAAUUACAUACAAACACAUUGAUCCACCGCCUGUCCCAAUGCAGGAUCGCAGCCCUUCCCCCAGGCAUCCUGAUGUUACCAUGGUUGAUCCAGAGGCUCUGCCGGUUGAACAGAAUUUAGGUAAAGCUUUGAAGAAGGACCUUAAAGAAAAGACAAAGACGAAAAAGCAGGGCACAAAGACCAAGUCAUCUUCUCCUGUUAAAAAAAGUGAUGGUAAAUCAAAACAAGUGGCCUCACCAAAGCCAGCUACGAAAGAAUCUUUAGAAAAAAUUUCCAGAACAGCUUCUCCAAAAAAGAAGGAAUCUGUGGAGAAGGCAACCAAAAAUAUCUCUAAUCCAGAGGUAAAGUCUCGAGCAGAAGAGAAAGAUAAGGAUACCAAGAAUGCAGCAAAUACAACAACAUCCAAGUCGGCAAAGACUGCAACCACAGGACCUGGGAAUACUAAGGUGGCAAAAUCUACAGCAGUGCCUCCGGGACCUCCAGUGUAUUUGGAUCUGGUGUACAUUCCCAACCACAGCAAUAGCAAGAAUGUUGAUGUUGAGUUUUUCAAGAGGGUGCGGUCAUCCUACUAUGUGGUGAGCGGGAAUGAUGCUGCGGCCGAGGAGCCAAGCAGGGCUGUUCUGGACUCCCUGCUGGAGGGCAAGGCGCAGUGGGAGAGUAACAUGCAGGUGACUUUAAUCCCAACCCAUGACUCAGAAGUGAUGAGGGAAUGGUAUCAAGAGACACAUGAGAAACAGCAGGAUCUUAACAUCAUGGUUUUGGCAAGCAGCAGCACCGUUGUUAUGCAAGAUGAAUCUUUUCCUGCAUGCAAGAUUGAACUGUAAGAACAAGAUCGUGCAUUACAAGACGAAACUUUGUUUCCAGAAAUCCGUCAGUUUGAAAACACCUUAUCUGAAAAUUCAACUCAUCUAUUUCAACUGCUGAACUAUAUACCUGCCAAAUGCUAUACUGUGUCACAGUGAUGCAAGUCACUAAUAUUUUUCAGUCUUUGUUGGUUGCUAAGGGAAAUAACAGUCUUCCCAUAGUAGAGUACAAAUUACUGCGAAAAUACAGAUCCAGUUGCAUCUCCACUGAACAUUUUGAAACCAUGCACUAGCAACCCUAAAUGACUUUUGCCAGGUAGAGGCAUUUGCCCUCUAAAGAAACACAAAGAGAGAAAGAGAGAGGGGUAGGAGGAGAAAGUAGUAAAUUAUUAGGUCUGCAUUAGUCUCAUGGCAAUAGAUGUAUCGCUUACUACAGCCUGCUUAUGUUCUCACAUGUGAAGAAAGUUUUAAAUUUUUAUCAAAUAUGAGCUAUCACUAUGGGGAUCCUUUUUUUAAAGAAUUAAGUUAGCUCAAAAAUAUAAAUAAAGAGAACAUGGCUAGGAAGGGAUGUAUGACCUAAUCACUCAUCAGCAGCUUUCCACUUUAAUUUGAACUCUGCAUACUGACACACCGUAACAAUCAUAGGCCAAAUAUGCAUGUAGUCUGCACCCCAUCCAGAAGUCUAAAACCUUUCUUACAACAUGCAGAAUUAUUGGUCUAAGGCAUGCUUCCAGUGAAAGCCCACUCACUCCAGCCAGAACUGACCAGUCCACAUGCUUGAACACCCAUGUCCACUGUCGAUUACCU